AUGGAUCACGACCCUUCGCGCUCUGCUCAACGGAACCUCCAAAGGUCACGCUCCGAGGCCAGCCCGGGAGCUGCUCAAUCUGGCGGCGCCAAUAGGGUCAACGUACAGGAUGCGGCUUUGCUUGCUCAAUUCGCCGCCGCCGCUGGGACAGGAUUAGAUGUGAGCCACGGCUAUGCCCACGGCGUUCCCUCCACGGGUUAUCCUAAUCUAGGGCCAUCCCCCGGUUUUUAUGGCAGCUUCUAUCACCAUGAUAGCAUGUCUCAGCCGACAUCACUUCCACCCUUAUCCUCACUUGAUUACCCCUGGCCUCAGCUGGCUCCGCAGCAGCAGCACGACUUGAACCAAUACAGUCACUCAAUGGAGGCGGGUGCGAUGGCAUCUUCGGCCUCUACGUUCAUUCCAUCCCAAUACCACCCUCCGCUUUCGAUGCCUCACGAUUCGCCCUCCCCUCCCGCCUCGGUUUCUGGUAGCUCCGUGCGAUCUUCCGGCGGAGGACGUUCACGGUCGGGAACGAACACAGAAGACCUCACAGAAGCUGAAAGGGCUGCUAUCGCGGAGGAGAAGCGCCGUCGAAAUACAGCAGCCUCAGCACGGUUUCGUAUCAAGAAAAAACAGAAGACUAUCAACCUCGAGCGAUCAGUGUCAGACUUAACGGGUCGCGCAGAAGAGCUGGAGCGAGAGGUUGCUGACCUUAGGCGGGAAAACGGCUGGCUCAAGGAGAUUGUCAUGUUAAAGGGAACGCGUUUCGCUGCUCAAAGGAUGGCGCUUAAUCAAGCGGCAGCUUUGGCCGCCAAUGGCCAGCUUGGGCCCGAGGGUGCAUCUAGUGUAACCAAUGGCGAAGGGUCGUAUUACCAUGGUGAUGACGGAGACGAAGAUUCUGGGUCGUCUGAUGACGAUAACGAAAGGACCUCGAAGGGAAAAGGAAAGGCAGGGUCUUCCAAACGUUGA